AUUUCAUUUGGGUUGAACCUUAGGGGCUGGCGUUUCGGGAAGGCUGCAGUAAUGUCGUUAUGUAACGUCGUAGCUUCAUGGCCGCUAGUUAGCACUGUGGCUCGCACCUCAGGGGCUGCUGAUGCUGUGAGCGACCUCAUUUUCCUUAGCACGCGUUGGCUGUACGCGCGACUGUGUUCAGCGUUGCUGGGCUCCAUGGCAACUAGCUCAUCCGGCACGCCGGUCGCUUGGAGGCGCCGGAGCUGGUGCCGGAGGUAAGACCAGGCUUCUCUUUGUACGAGUGUUCUGCCUUUCGUGUCCGCUACGAGGAUAAUAUCCAGACGUCGCGGGUUGGUGGUGGUCUUCUGUUCAUCAGGUGACGCUGUUGCGUCCUGGCCACAGGCCUUCUUACUGUUUCGGACAGCGAUCCUGCGGGCCCACGGGGUUUCCAGGAUCCUGGUGUAUGGGCCUGUUUUCGCAUAAGGUGCUAUUAGGAGGGCUGCGACGAAUCCCGCCUGCCUACCUCCGGCCGCACUGGCUGCGCGGUCGCUCCAGUCGGCGCUUGCCACCGCCCAGGCCGCAGCGCGUAGCGUGGUCUCUGUGUCCGGGGGCGGUUGAACUACGGUGGCCCCUUGAAGCGGCCGGUUGAACGUUCCGGAUUGGCACCAAAGAGCUGGUCCUCUUCAUUUUCGCUGAUGUAGACACCCAUCCUUCCGUCGCAUGUCAGUGGUGUCGCAAAUUGCUCGCAUACCUGUCCCUUGGGCGUAAGCCGUCCUAGAGCAGUGCGGAGUACCUGCUGCAGGUUGCUCUCCUUUUCCUGCUCCCAUUUCUGUGCGCCUUGUCCCUUAGAGUCGUGAUUCCGCAGGAGGAGGCGGGCUACGUUCUCUUCAAAUGUGCGGUUGCCGGCGAGCUGGCUAUGGAGCUCACUGUGCACGGCUGCCGUGUGCUGGUACCUGCGCCAUAGGAUGGUGAGGCGCUGGGAUGACAUGCACCCUACGCAGGCUCCCUGCGGGUUGUAUACGUAGGCUGUAUGCUCCGUGCCGCUCACGGGUAGUGCUGGGCCGCUUCUGUCCUUAUUUUUGUGGUAGAGGCCAAUUUGAAUUGUGUAUGCCCCUGUGGGCUGGAUGUCUUUGUCCGGGUUGCAUGGUAUGCUGGCGAGUGUGGUGCGUUCCCGUGUUUUCCUUAGGUUGCCUGUGUCUGUUGUCCGUGUGGGUACCCAGCGCCCCUGCCUCUGUUCAUUGGUAAGGUGCGCGUCCCGUGGUGCGGGGGGGUUGGGUCGUGGUGCGGCUUUCGCCUUCUUUGCCUGAUGGAUUGUGAGGAGGGGUUUCCAGUUGUCCUGUAUCAUGAUGUCUCGCUCAGGCAUCUUGCUAGGCUCCCACUCGACGUAUUUAAGCAGCUUUCCAGCCCCUUUCCCGUAUUGGCGGCUUGCAGGUCGAAUGGUCUUUGCAUGGUACCCCAUCGCCUUGUAUGCUAGGAUUGCCAGGGGGGUGACAAUCGUUGGGUGCCAUUCUACUGUAUAGUAUGAUCCGUGUGUGUCGGGUGCGGAUGCGUCAUCCUGCACUCUUUUCCUGGUUUUUGUCAUCCGCUUAGCCUCACGGUCGGUUACCUCUCGCUGCGAGUAUGGGCCACAGAUAAUACUUCUUACUCGUUCAAUGCCGUUGUACAUUCCGUACACCAGCUGGUUGGCAACCGUUGUAUCGUGAGGGUUGUUACGCACAUGUUCUGCGAUGGGCCCCUUGUCCGAGCAGAGCCACUCCCUCAGCCGGCGAGUGCCUCUGAAUCUUCCCCUCCGAGGUGGGGGUUGUGGUGUUGGUGCAUGUACCCCGUCUCCGCUUCCCGCUACCGGUGCGGUGCCAGGGGCAUCUGGUCCGAGGUUGACGUGGUCGGCGUCGGCAGCGUUGGCGCCCUGGGCACCUCCCAUGUGUUGAUUACGAGAGACCUCAUCCAGGUAAGCGAGGACCGGGUUUUCGCUUGCUAGUAGUGUGUUGUGUCCCCCCAUCCUUGAUAGCAGGGUAUGUGAUAGCGGCCUGCGGGCUGGUGGGGCCGUCGUUGUGCGCACGGGGCUAUCUGUUAGGGCCUGCUUGAUCUCCCGGCCAAGGGCGCGGCAGGCCCUCGAUAUGUCGGAUUGCAUAGCUUGUGCAAAUGCGUGGAGGUCACAUGUUGUAGUGCUCGCGGUUUCGUCUUCCCCCGUGUCGUGGGUGUGUGCUGUGCUUGGCCUGAUUCUGAUGUUGCGCACCCGUGUGUUAUCUGCGAUGUAUAGGUUGUUGACCUCAGGAGCAAAUGUUUUGCCCUGGUGGGUUAGCUCGAUGCCGUUGUCUCUGGCGAGGCUAAGUCGUUUAAUUAGGGUAUAGAAUCUGCCCUCCCUCUGCAUUUCGUGUACAGGCAUGUUUCCAAUUGCUGCGUAUUGAUAGCAGAGCAAGGCCUGCGUAACCACGCCCAAUCUACCGCUGUCGUUCAGGGCUAGGACUAGGGCCUUACUAGCGUGUCGUAUUCGGGAAGUAGUGAUCCGACGCCCAGGCCAAACAUCUGCGUAGGUAGCAAGAUCGCCCGUGUUGGGAAGCCUGGCUUCAGUCCAUAGCACCUCUUAGCUACCCUCGCUAUCAUCCCGUCUAGGAGGGCCUCUUUCCUUAAUCGAUUUGCAUGUUUCAUGGAGCUGUGUCUCCCAGUUGAGGGUCAUGGUGAUAUGCACGCCUAGGUACUUGAAGGCGUCCGUUGGCGACAGGUAGGGGAUAGCGGUGCCUCCGAUUGUGAUUUUGUCACAUAAUUGCCGUCGGAGGACGGUUUUGUUGAUGGGUCCGCUCGUCAUGCCCCCGUCGCGGUCCGCCAUCUUAUUCAGUAUUCCUGUAACUUUACACUUGCUGUGGUUCACCUGGAGCCCUGCCCACGCUGCAAAGUGGGCUAUUUUGUCGCACUGGUGCUGUAGGUCCACGGGUCUGUUCGUAGCUACGGCGAUGUCGUCCGCGUACGCCGCAGAGCUUAGGUUAUACUGUUUGUUGAGUUGUUCAUUUAGGCAUCCGUAGUGAUAUCCUCUACCUCCGACAUGUAGCCACCGCAGCAGUGGUUCUAGGAAGAUGAUGAAGAGGAUGGGGGAGAGUGUGUCCCCUUGCACGGUUCCUCUUUCAAUGGGAAUGGGUGCCGUGGAUCCGUGUUCUGUCCGUAUGCGUGUUCGUGCGCUGCUGUACAGAUCCCGUACUACCUCAAUGAGGUCGGUUGGCAGGCCCAUGUCGUACAUGAUUUGCAGCAGCUUAUCAUGGUCGAUGGUAUUGAAUGCGGAGGAGAAGUCUACGUAGAGUACAUAGAGAUCCUGUUUUGUGAGGCCCGCAUCUUCUAUGGCGUUCAGCAGGUUCUGGAUUUGACGCUCUGUGUUGCGGUAUCGGAGGAACCCCUCUUGUGAUUCGCUGAAGAGUUGGGCUAUAGGGGCGAAGCUGCUGAUCGACACAGUGAUGAGACUGGUCCAUAGCUUGUACGUUGUGUUUGCGAGAGCUAUCGGCCGCUUGUUCUUGAUCAGUAGUGGGUCUGGUGGUCACCCGCUUUGGGCAGUAGGACGGUGUCGGAGACGGUCCAGCUGCGGGGUGUUUGCGCCUUGACCCACAUGAUUUUCAUAAGGUUGUGUAGUGCUUGCUGUGCGUUGCUGGGGAGGGCUUUCAGCAGCUCAUUUGGGAUGCCAUCCGGUCCGGUAGCUUUCCCUUUUGCCAGGUGUUGGAUGCAGCUGUGGAAGUUGGCGUGGUCACAGAUUUGUGGUAGUAGUGCAUGGUCGUGCGGUGAUGUUGGCGCCGUUAGGUGGAAUGGGUCGAUGGCUCCUUUCCGAAGCCAUGGGUAUGUCCGUCGUACCUCGCUCGGGAGGUAUUUUCCGGUUUUGGGCCCGCUGACUGGUGCCGACAGCUUUUUGAAAUACGUGUGUAGCGAGUCAAGGAUUGUGGCCGGUUCGGUGCAGAGUUGUCCGGUGGUAGGGUGUAAAGUGGCUGGGAUGCCUUUCUCUUGUUCAGAUAUAUCAAAGAUAGCUUUGCGGGCUUUCUUUGGUUGUUGUGCCAUAUUCCGCUGGAACCGGCGGCGUGCGUUGUCGAUUUGCUGUGGGCUAAUUUGCUUAAGGUCGUCCUGUACUUGUUCCUCAUUCCUGAUAUGGAGUUCCUACUCCAUUUCGGCGACGGCUGCACGCAAGGACUGCCGGUCCUCAGCUGGAACAUAUGUCGUGACCAUCCCAACGCUGGCUUUACCAUGCCAUCAUACUCUAUAUGGGACCACUCUCUGGGCCCGACCCAAAUGAGAGUCUACCACCGGUGUCUUCGGAAAAGGUACCCCGCCAGCAAGCGCAAGCCCAUGGCUGUGUGGCGCGGGAGCACGACGGACACCCGCUUCGGCAGCUUCAACAAGGACAACUACCUGCAGGCCCUUCGCGUGCAGCUGCACCUGCUGGCUCGCAACCACAGCGACGUGCUGGACGUGAAGAUUGCGGACCCACUCAACUGCGAUGACUUUGUACGUUCCCAGCUCACCGACACCGGCUCUCGACUCAGCUUUGAGGACUUCAACACCUACUGCCUCAUCGUGGAUGUAGACGGCAACGGCUGGAGCAAUCGCUUCGGACAGCUGGUUCACUUCAACACUCCCAUCCUCAAAAUGGCCUCCAACCACACCGCCUUUUUCGAACACCUCUACGCGCCAGGUGUUGCGAUCGAGCAGUUUAGCAGGAACCUGAGUGACCUACCCAUCAAGGCGAGGCGCAUGAUUGCGGACUGCAUGGCGGGAGGCGAGGAGUCGCGGGGGCAGCAGUUGGCGAACAGCAUGCAGGCCACAAGCAGAGUCCUGAUGGACCAUGUGGGAAUCGCAGAGGCCUUUGCGUACGCGUUGUUGAACUACCGCCGGUUGAGCGCCUGGGCGGUGGACCCGUCCUUGCGGGAGUUUAAUCCGGUAAGCUCGAGCUGUUGUUCUUACACGAAGCUGCCGAGAACGUUUGCAAAGGUGGUGGAAGAGCACCACUUUGCGGUAAAGGAGGGACGGCAGAAGGUUGUGGUGGCGCCUAGUCGGAAGGGGUUGGGGGUGUAGCGGUGUGAUAGCUUUAGGAGGAGGUUUCUGUUUGGGGCUGUCUGGUCGUUGUGAGGUUUUUGGAGAGCUCUUGGUGGUGGUGGUGGAGAUGAACGUAUGAGAGUGGGUUUGAAACGUUAACAAUGGUUCAAGAAGGCGUGCUGAGGUGAAGUGCUAAUGGCUAGGAAGAGGUUGGGCGCACUCUGCAGGAGGGGUUUGAGUGAUAGGAUAGGAUGACGACGCGGGCGAUGUAGCACAUGCAUGGGUGUGCCGCUGUUUGUGUGCAUAUGCGCCUGCAUGGGGUUCUAUUUCUUGACGGGGUGCUGCUGUCCCUGCGUGAACAUGUCGCAUCGCAUGCGCAGCAGCCAGCAGGGUCCUUGGCGGCUGCCGUGGCAGUGUCCUGGUGACCAACACACAACCUAGAAACUUUGAAAGCUAGGGUGAAGGCAGUAACAGUGGUCGUCACCUUUGCUUGGACACACGCUCGGUGUGACCUUCAACAUGUAAAGUGCAGUAAAUGUGAGCGCGGCAUUACUGGCUCGCAAGGGGUCC